AUACUCAUGGCUCAACUUAUACAGAUGCGGAUUGCGAGAACGAUGAGGAACAGGAUCAUGAAUAUGUUGAAAUUGAUGUUCCAUUUGAGCAACUGGAGAGAGGAGACAUUUUUGCAUAAUUUAUUGUCAUCCAGAGUCGACUUCUUAGGUCUCAACUGUACCAAGAGAUCAUUUGUGCAGUAGUCAUAGAUGAAGUCCAUAUGGUUUCAGAAUGGGGAGAAGAAUUUCGUCCUGCAUUCCAGAAGCUUGGGGAGUUAAUGUGCAUUCUAGAGAAAGCUUUGCAUUUAAUUCUCACAGCAACUGCUACACCGAAAUCAAUUGCAAGUCUAUCUAAACAGCUGAAUUUGAAAAAUCCACUUGUUAUCAGUGAGAAUGUGGACCGUCCAAAGAUAUUUAUAGACAUUAGAACCAGAUUGCCAAACUUUCAUAAAUUUGACAAAUUUGAUGACUUGAUACAACCAGUGGCAACAGAAUUGCUGGAAAAAGGAGUUCAUUUUCCAGUAACCAUAAUGUAUGUGGAAAGUUUGGAAGCAUUGUCCUAUUUUUAUCAGUUUCUUUCGUAUAAACUUAAGGGUGCCAGCUAUGAUGGUGAGUCCAUGAAGAAAAUCACUAUUCAAGAACUGACUAAAGAAACCCCUAAAGUCAGAUUAGUUUUGGCAACUGUUGCACUGGGAAUGGGGCUUAAUGCUCCAAGUGUUUCACGUAUCAUUCAUUGCAGGCCCCCAACAACACUGGAGAAAUACCUACAAGAAAUCGGUCGUGCUGGACGUGUUGGACAACCGUCAGUGGCAAUUCUUUACUAA